AUGUCUGCAGAUAGUACGGCAAUCGGCGAUGAUCUUCUCGAUCAACGAAAUGAGAAUGACACUGAACUACGCGAAUUAGUCUAUCAAUCACUUGAACGUGACGGCUUGAUCACACGUUUAAAAGCUCAACUGCGUGCUGCUGUUUUUAAAACAAUUGAAAAAGCAUCCAAUCCGUCUAAUGGAACACAUACACCUGGUUACGAAGGGACUACAGGUCGUAUAUGUCGUGCACUUGUUCUCGACUGGUUAGAACAAUCACGAUUACUUUAUACGCACGAUGUAUUCAAAGUGGAAACAUCCGGUCCAAAUCAUCCAUCGCCUUUGACGCAUAGUGAAUUAGUAGAAGAAUUACAUCUCGAUACAGUGCAAAAUCGAUCACAACCCAUCUUGCAUGUAUUACUUAAUCAAAGCAAUAAUCGAGUAGAAAGAGUCACUUCUCUCCCCGAUCACAUUAAACAAUCAAUAGAUAUGAAAUUUUCAGGUGAAAAAAUCAAUGAUAUCAAUCGUGUACGAGAGCAUUUUCGUUCGUUGUUUUCACCAGCAUUCGAUACAACGGUGCUCGAAGCUUUUCUUAAUAAAACUCUUUCACAUUCAUCAACAUCUAUGGCAAAAAUGGAUUACGAACAGAUUUGUUUGAAAUGGUUGCAAGCCUGUAAUCAAGCGUUAACAUCACAGACAAGUCCGAUGAAACCAAAUUCACCUGUUACGCAAAUACAACCAUUGUCUGCGCGAAAUGGUACGAAUAACGGUCAAAUAACUACUCGUGCUCGUCGUUCAACAUCUCCACCAUCCGAAUCAAAUUCAUCAUCGAUAUCAACUUCAUCUUCCGAGAAUCCGCGCAAACAUGUCUACGAUUUUCAAUUGCCGACCACACAAGAUUUGAAUAAGAAUGGUGCGAAGAAGAGCAGCGAUAUCUUACCACCACCAUUAUUGAAUUUCAAUAACAAUAGUGCGAAUGACGACGAUGACGACACGACCUCAUCGCUCUUCUCUCGUCGUAAUGCAACACCUGCUGUAUUGAAUCGUUUGAAAAACAUCGAAGAUAUCAUUGGCGGUGGCGGAGGCGACGAUGAAACACCACGAACAAGAACAACAAUACAAAAAACAUCAACGAAUGGAAAUAAAGAUAUUCCAAUUGAAUACGAUGAUGAAAGUAUGAGUCAAAUCAGUAGUAUUGAUGAUGUCACCGUCGAUAAAGCUUCACCAUCACCAUCGGCUCAUAUUGACUUUUUGGAAGAUUUAUAA